CACAAGGUUGCUGAAAACUCUUUGACAGCCCACGAUCGGUUUCGCCCUUCUUGGAUCUUAUCAGGUAGACCAUUCAUGUUGUUUUCGAUCCAAGCAUAAAUCUAAUGCUCUCCUUGCACUAAAGUUAAGACUCCACGCUUGAACUUUUGACUCGUCCGAUUAAUUCGACCAACAUUUAAGCAGUUUUAAGGUGGCUGGUGCCGUCAUCUAUUGCUUCAAAGCACGUCGUCAUUUUUUACAGAUCAUGGGGUUCUUGGUACUCCUAGAGUAAGCCCCCCUGACGGAGAGGUGGGGAUGAUCUCUACUGUGACUGGAAGUAUUAUUUUAAAAAUCUUCAUUAUGGGUUUGUGCAGUUGCUAUAGUUCAGUCUGUUGGCUGGCCAAAUGCUUUUUCAGAAAUUUCACUUCAUUUUUAUAUUGUUUUCAGCGUACUUCGAUAUCAGAACGACCUAGGAAUCUAUUCGUUGACGGUACUCAUGAAACUGAUUCUCAUCGAAUUGCUCGUCCGCACAAACCUGACCUUAUUCGUGGUCAUCGUGUGGUACGACAUUCGGAAGAGACUCAACCCACUGCCUACAGUGGACUCGCUAGAGUAUCGGAGGUUGACCAUUUAACGCCUUCUGAUCAAAGAAACAGCGAUACGUCUACCGACUCACCCAGCUGUCCUUCCGAUCACACUGUCCCGCUUCCACCAUCGCGAAACAAUUCAUCUUCCGUAGCAGCUGUUCCUUCGCUCGUAGCCGACCAUCCGGACGCUGAACCUGUCCCUUAUACCAUUGUUGCAAACAUGAUCAAUGCCCUCUCUCAACGUAUCAUGAAUAACAUAAGUGAGGAGGAACUGGAGCGUCGUCUACAUAUGUGGGAACAAAAGGCUGCCACGGUUCCGGAUCACGAGGCCCAAAAACCUCCUUGCGCGCCGGGACUUCCGUACCAGUCUGUCGGUCUCAGCUCUUCUACAGAACUCCUUGUUCACCGUAAUUCUGAUGUUAAUGAAAACCAUACCCGCUCCAGUAAAUUGAGACGAAUCAACAGUGCCCGGUUUCCAACAGAGAAACGUCUAUUGAAACAUUCCAUGUUAGCGCAAGCUCGCAGACUCGAGCAGCGAAAAAAGAUAGAUAUUUGCGUUGAUCUGUUAAAUCGUUUGGUCGCGCACACAAACUAUCCGGCAUUCGAGGCAGACAUGUUGGAAUUGUUGGGUCGACAACCAAGCUGGCAUCAGAUAUCUAUCCUCUACUAUCUUGCCCGUUGUGCGGUACGGCAUCUACUCAAUUCCCAUUUUUCCAAGCUGGAUUCUUUGAACAAAUCAACCGAACCCGUAAAUCAGCUGAAUACUUUCAGACACAGUUCCUCUUUUACUGCCAGCGGAGAAGCGUCAACUUGUGUUACUGUAAUGCAUGAUGAACGUUCGAGGUUACAAUCACCUAUACGAACAACACCUGCUGCUCUCGCUGAGAUUGGUCAUUGCCGUGCGAGCGUCGAACGUAUCAAAGAUUUCACAAUCACCUUCUUCUUCCGUUGGUACGCUGAUUGGGUCUAUGCUCGUGGCGGAUGGCAAUCUGUGAUUGAAGAGACGGAUGACUCGGAACUUGAUUAGACUAUCGCAAAUCAUACUCACCAGUUUUGUGCCUUUUUGUGUGAUCUUUCAUUCUCAACCCAUCGGUAUCACCCAGUCGCAUUUGACUGGUUCGGUUUCUCGGAUUUGCCUCCUCUCACUUUCCCUGAUGCCUUGUCCUCUGGAAUUUGUCGGUGUUCUCAUACCUUAUUUCUUAAUACCAUCUAGGGUUGUUAUUUAAGACGAUUCUAUCCGCGCAUUUGAUCCUGCUUUUUGGCCUCUCGUUCUUGCAUUUGUUCUCUGAAGUGCCAUUGCUUCGAUGACUUGUGUUUUUAGUUCAUUCCAGCUGUUCAAAGAACUGGCGCCCAACUGUUUCAGGUUUUCAAAUUCAGGCAGCAACGUAAUUUUUGAUGCCGCAGUUCCUUUUUCA